GGAACCCCCCGCCCGCCCGCUCUCCUCUUCUCGGGCAGACGGGCACCGCUUCGCCUUCUCCGCGCAGGCAAGAGCAGCCAGCCGCUUCGGGAUCGGGACGCGGAGAGGGGAAAGGCGAGUCGUCGUCCGUCCACGGCAGCUUCCCUCCCUCUCCUCUCCGCCCCCGCUUACCCUAGGCCGGCCCCGCCUGCGCCCCGCCCCUCUCCCCGCCGCCGCACGAUGAGCACCUCUCCCGCCUCCGCCUCCGCCGCAGCCGCCGCCGCCGCGUCGCCUCCCGCUGCCGACGAGGCCGCGCGGGCGACGGAGACGGUGGUGGUCGACGAGAGGGUCGCCUCACACGUGGACCCGUUCCUCGUCGAGGCGCUCGACAACCCUCGCCAUCGCCUCAUGGCCUCUACAAUGCUACUAGCAGUGUACUGAAAGGAGGAGCGAUCUGUUCAGUGAAUUGAAAUGUUCUACGAAUGGAACUGGAUAUACAAAACUUCAUGCAGAACCCUCAGCUGCAGGAGUUUGAAUUCCAGAACUAUCCGACUUCUUACCUCCGCUGUGCUGCUCAUCGUGUUGCACAACAUUAUGGCUUAGAGACUAUAGUAGCAGAUAGUUUAGUAGAAGGCUCAGUUAGCAGGAUUGUUGCAAGAAAAACACCAGAAAGCAGGUAUCCUGCAAUUGCUUUAUCAGAAGUUCCUAGCAGACAAGCAAGAAAUGAUCAUGAAGCGGCAGAGAAGCUUAAGUUUGUCAUCUAUCAAAGGCCCAAAGCAUUCCAAAAUGGAAGCGCUGAUUCUAGAAACAUGAAUGGUGCACCAAAAACUGUUGAAGAGAGAAUAGAGGAAUAUAAUAAAGCACGAGCACGCAUCUUCAAUGGUUCUAUUUCUGCAGAUUCUGAUGCUGCAAGUGUUUUGGGAACUCUUUCCACUGGCAGAGAUGAGGCAGUGAAUGUUGAGCCUUCUGUUGAUGAAAUCAAAAUCAGCACAAUGAACAGCCGCUCCAGAGUUGCUGUUUUCAAGGAUACUGAAAAGGAUCGUAGUGACCCAGACUACGAUCGAAACUACACAAGGUAUGUUAGGAACCCAGUGCCUGACUUCAACUUGAGCCCAGGUGCCUUCAACUUUGUUGUGCCCCAGUUUAUGCAGUACGGUGUUGGUUAUAUGCAAUCUCCUGGCAUGUCCACAAACCAGCCUACUGUGUACUUUGGCCAGCCUGAUCUAGCAAUGGGGUCUUCUUCUGGAGCUACUGUCUACCCACAUUGGCCAACGCCAGCAAUGAUGUAUCCCCAUUGCUAUGAUAAUGUUGGUCCAAUGAUAUCUCAGGUUCCUCUGUACCAAUCUUUCAACCAUGGUUAGGAGAUUCUUUCUGCUUGCUGGAAAGUUGGGAACACUCUCUGUUGAACUUGCUAUGUUGUGCUGUCCUAUGUUAAGUGGAGUUACUUUAGAUUCGAGCCAUUUCUAUUACAAAAAAUUCAUGUAGCGUCGAACGUAGUCUGUAUAAGGAGUCCUAAUUCGUUGAAACUAUUAUCGUGAACUAGUCUGGAACUGUGAUGCUUGUCUAAUGUCUAGUUCUCGUCUGCAAUUUGCUCUCGGUUUAGGGUUCA